AUGCGGUCAACUUCACCGUGGUUCGCUACCCGCAACUCCAUCGCUCUUGCUCGCGCCUUCACCGAGACGCUUUGCGAUUGCCAGCAGCGUCCACACGACAUCAACCUCGCUACGUCAAAGACAUGGGCUGUCAAGGCCGAAGUGGUCAAGGGCAUGUGCCAGGUAUCCCUCAUCUUCGCCUGCGGUACGGCUCUCUUCUCAGACGGCUAUGCCAACGGUCUCGUCGGUGCCUUGAACUUGCUCCUCAUGACCGUCCUCAACUCGCUUAUCUUUGCUGGCACCGUCUUUGGCAUGCUUACCUUUGGUAUGAUCAGUGACAAGAUCGGACGCAAAGCAGGCAUGAUGAGCGCGACCGCUAUCGUUGCUGUCUUCUCGGCCCCCUCUGCCGGCGCGUACGGCGGUGGGACUGCCGGUGGAAUGGCUGCAGUCCUGUCCGCAUACCGCUUCUUUCUCGGUAUCGGUAUUGGCGCUGAGUACCCGUGUGGUUCCGUCGCUGCUUCUGAGCAAACUGAAGGCUCCGGCGUGAACAAGAACGCACAGCACCGCUGGUUCGCCCUCGCGACGAUUGAUGGACUGGGGCUUUGUCGUUGCCGCCUUUGUCCCCCUCGUCCUGCUCCGGAUGUACGGUUAUUUCAUUCCUCAUUAAUGCGCGACUGACCAUUCCAUCAACUGUGGAAUGAAUCACCUCAACACCGUCUGGCGCAUCACCCUCGGCCUCGGUGUGAUCCCCGCCGUCGCUGUUUUCUUCUGGCGUCUUCGGAUGGUCCGCCCCGUAUGCCCGUGAUAGCAUGAAGCGCGCACGGAUGCCUUAAGGCCUCGCCAUUCGCCGCUGCUGGCGCAACUUGCUCGCUAUCUGCUUGACCGGGUUCAUCUACGACUGCAUCACCUAUCCUUUCGGUAUCUACUCUUCCUCCGUGGUCAAUACCAUCCCGGCAAACCAGGAUUUGUACCAGUCCUUCGGGUGGCCCGUCGUUAUUAACCUCUUCUACAUUCCCGACACAGUCGUUGCAGCGUUUCUCAUUGACUACCUUGGACCGAAGAACUGCAUCAUCUUAGGUCUUAUCCUCCAGGCCAUCUUUGGCUUCUUCAUGUCUGGAUUCUAAACAAAUCUCAUCCAGCCUGGUGAAAUCGCCGGCUUUGCAGUUCUGUACGACUUAUUCCUGAAUCCUGACCUUCGGCGAGCUCGGACCGGGCAACAACCUUGGUCUCCUCGCUGCCAAAUCCGGCCCGGCUGCUUUCCGCCGACAGUUUUACGGCAUUGCGGCUGCUGUCGGCAAGAUUGGGGCUUUCGUUGGUACCUGGGUAUUCCCGCCCAUGAUCGCUGCUUUCAACGAGGGCGGCACGAACCCAGACCGUGGUACCACUGGUCCCUUCUGGGUCGGAUCCGGGCUUGCUAUCCUCUCCGCUCUCAUCAGUUUCUUCCUCCUCCGUCCCAUCUCGCAUGACGGCAUGGAGGCGGAGGAUCACGCUUUCCGCGAAUACCUCAUUGUCCAUGGAUACGAUGUCUCUCAGAUGGACUUGAAGGAGGAAAUCAUCAGCGUCGA